CUUUAACUGAGGAACUGGAGUCUGUAACCAGUGAGCUCCAUGCAGUAGACAUUCAAAUUCAAGAACUUUUGGAAAGGCAACAAGAACUUACUCAGAGAAAAGAAGUCCUAACAAAGAAAAUAAAGCAGUGUUUAGAGACUCCUGAUGCUGGAUCAAGCAAUGAUUAUGAUUCUUCCCCCGAAGCUUGGAAUAAAGAAGAUUUUCCCUGGUCUGAUAAAGUUAAGGAUGUUUUGCAAAAUGUUUUUAAACUCCAGAAGUUCAGAUCCCUUCAACUUGAAACUAUUAAUGUAACGAUGUCUGGAAAGGAAGUAUUUCUUGUUAUGCCGACAGGAGGUGGAAAGAGCUUAUGCUAUCAGUUACCAGCUUUAUGUUCAGAUGGUUUUACACUUGUGAUUUGUCCAUUAAUUUCUCUCAUGGAAGACCAGUUAAUGGUUUUAAAGCAAUUAGGAAUUUCAGCUACUAUGCUAAAUGCUUCUAGUUCUAAGGAACAUGUGAAAUGGGUCCAUGCUGAAAUGGUAAAUAAAAACUCCAAGUUAAAGCUAAUUUAUGUGACUCCAGAGAAAAUUGCUAAAAGCAAAAUGUUUAUGUCGAGAUUAGAGAAGGCUUAUGAAGCACGAAGAUUCACUCGAAUUGCUGUGGAUGAAGUUCACUGCUGUAGUCAGUGGGGACAUGAUUUCAGACCUGAUUAUAAGGCACUUGGUAUCCUAAAGCGACAGUUCCCCAACACGUCUCUAAUUGGGCUGACUGCAACAGCAACGAAUCACGUUUUGAAGGAUGCUCAGAAAAUUCUGUGUGUUGAAAAGUGUUUGACUUUCACAGCUUCUUUUAAUCGGCCAAAUCUUUAUUAUGAGGUUCGGCAGAAGCCCUCCAACACUGAAGAUUUUAUUGAGGAUAUUGUAAAGCUCAUUAAUGGGAGAUAUAAAGGGAAAUCAGGAAUCAUAUACUGUUUUUCUCAGAAAGAUUCUGAGCAAGUUACUAUUAGUCUACAGAAUUUGGGAAUUCGUGCAGGUGCUUACCAUGCCAAUAUGGAACCAGAAGAUAAGACCAAGGUUCAUAGCAAAUGGUCCAUUAAUGAAAUUCAGGUAGUAGUUGCAACAGUUGCGUUUGGUAUGGGGAUUGAUAAGCCAGAUGUGAGAUUUGUUAUACAUCAUUCAAUCAGCAAGUCUAUGGAGAAUUAUUAUCAAGAGAGUGGACGUGCAGGUCGAGAUGACACAAAAGCAGACUGUAUUUUAUAUUAUGGCUUUGGAGAUAUAUUCAGAAUAAGUUCAAUGGUGGUGAUGGAAAAUGUGGGGCAACAGAAGCUCUAUGAGAUGGUGUCAUACUGUCAGAACAUAAGCAAAUGUCGGCGUGUAUUGAUAGCUCAACAUUUUGAUGAAGUAUGGAAUUCAGAGGCCUGUAACAAAAUGUGUGAUAACUGCUGUAAAGACAUUUCAUUUGAAAGAAAGAAUGUAACACAGUACUGCAGAGAUUUAAUCAAGAUCUUGAAACAUGCAGAGGAGCUGAAUGAAAAGUUAACUCCACUGAAACUGAUUGAUUCCUGGAUGGGAAAGGGUGCAUCGAAAUUGAGGGUGGCGAGUGUUGCCCCUCCCAUACUUCCUCGUGAUGACCUGGAGAAAAUGAUUGCACAUUUUCUUCUUCAGCAGUAUCUUAAGGAAGACUACAGUUUUACAGCCUAUGCUACCAUUUCAUAUUUGAAAAUAGGACCUAAAGCCAAUCUUCUCAACAAUGAGGCACAUAUUAUUAGUAUGCAAGUAAAGAAGUCUACACAGAGCUGUUUCAGGGUUGAAUCAUCUCCAACUUGUCUUUCUGAACAAGUGGAUACAAAAAAGCAAGAAAAAAAAUCAAGUAACUUCCAGAAGAAGUCUGCAAACAUGUUAGAGAAAUCAAAGACUAUAGUCGCUAAGAAAAGAAAAUUUGAUGAUGUCUGAUAUGAGUGCUACUGUAUUUCCCCAAAAAAGAACAGUUUAUGCA